AUGGACACAAACGGCGUGUUGGUGGCCCUGGCUUAUUUCGCGAGCAUCGCCAACCUCUUGCUGGCAUAUGCCGUCUUGCUCCUGCACCAUGACGUUGAUGGCCACUUCGCUGGCUUAUCUGCGCGGCUGAGUCGCGAGGAGCACUUGGUUCUGUUCAGCUUUGGAGGUUUUUUCAUCAGCACUUUCAUUGGCUUUCUGCUGCUGCUCCUACCUGGUGGGCGCCGCUUGCUGGGAGGCAGCGAGCAAGUCAAGCCGGAGAACGUUUUGGUGGUUAGCCGGUGCCAUUCCAAGGCCGAUGGUGGUUUGGGAGAGACAAUGGACACAUUGCCUUCUGUGGCCCAGAAAGACGAAGCGCAAGUUGAGGCAGAGUCGGCACCCGUGGAAGAACCCUGCGAACCGAGUGAGCGCAAUGAACCUGGACCUGGAGUUGAAGCGAGUGAAGCCGAAUGCGGAAGUGCAGAUGCUGUGGAGGAGGUUCAAUCGCUGCAGGAAGAGGUUGUCCCACCGGCCACGUCCACCAAAGGAGUCAAGGGUAGCACAUCUUUUGUGGUUGUGAAGGUUGUGAACAGUGAGGAAAUGUGA